AACAUUGCCGCUUAAUUCCGGACCGCUAGAUGGGAUCAUGAUGCAUCAUGGGUGACAGUUUCUACCUGAUUGGGCUUAGCGUCGGAGUUUGGCGGUUAGGCGGAGUUCAACCCUUUGUCAGCUGGCUGACGUCUUUUUCCUUUAGGAGACUGGCAUAUAUCUCAGUUCAUGGAUGACUUCUGUUUCCUUACUUGGUCCCGUAAUUUGAGACAUCGCAUACCCACAUUGGAACCUUAACAGGAGCAAUGGAGGCUAGCGACAAUGCUCAGGAUCGCAAGGCUCGUAAGCGGGCACAGAACCGACUGAAUCAGAGGGCACGGAGGGAGCGCAUUAGGAGAGAUAAUGAAGAAAAGAAUGGCCCAGGCAAACGGCCUUAUCGAGUUGACCGCUGGAGGAUUGGUACCAGCGCAAACAACGAUGAAGAGCUCAACACUGCUUCAAACAAGGAUAUGACGCUGUCUCGAGAGGAACAUGAAAAGUUCCAAUCUCAGCGGCUUGUCACCACAAACGAGUUCGGUUCCAACACGAACGUAGUCAUAUCUAAUGACCAUCGCCUCCUUCAUCUUAUCAGCUACAAUGUAUGCCGAGGCUUCAUUACCAAUAAGAGGAUGAUGAAGCUGUUUGCACAAUUCAUCGUAGCAUUCGACUUUCCAACAUUACAACCUCAGUCAAAGACAUACUGCGGCAUUGCUGUUGUUCGACCUCUUGACCAAGACCAUCUGCCACUACCAACUCGCCUUGAACCAACCCAGCUUCAGAUGAACUCGCCACAUCCUUGCUGGAUCGAUAUCCUACCAUUCCCAGAACUUCGAGAUAACCUCAUUCAAAAGCAACUCACAUAUGAUCACGUACAGUUUCUAGAGGAUCUGAUUGGUGAUUUUGUGUAUAUCCUGUCAUCAGCGGUACCAUCGCCCGCGUGCGUCACACCACUGCCAAAGAAGCUAGAACACGAAUAUCGCCCUAAAGAAGAUGCCGGAAUGAUCCUAUGGGGCGAGCCUCAUCUAAGUGAGAGCUGGGAAGUUACUCCAAGCUUUUUAGCAAGAUGGUCGUGGUUGAUUGGAGAGUGCAAGGAUCUUGUUCAAGUUUCAAACAAUUGGAGACGGAGUCGAGGGGAACAGCCACUGCGGCCAGUUCGUGUUUCUUGAGUAGAAAUCUGGUAUAAAAAGAAAGAAAUGCAAAAAGAAGAACUUGAUGAGACUGGGACUCGAACCCAGGAGGAUUGCUCCACCAGGAAUUGGUGUUAAGGUUGACCUUAACCUGGCGCCAUAACCAACUCGGCCAUCUCACCGAUUUGCUUGAUGACAAAGCAUUUAUUGGAGUUCUUGACCAGUACACG